AUGAGCUUCAAACUGGCUAAAAACAUUAAUGAUGUUAUACCUAAUAUUGAUGAAUAUUCAGAUUUGAAGAUAGGAAUGAGAGAAACUACCACAGACUCAUUAAUGGAUGAUUUACUUCGCAUUGUUGAUUUAAAUGACUGGCCUCUUGUAAUUAGGAAUCACACAUCAUUCAACAUAUAUAUCAAGAAUAAUGCUUAUGUGACAAUACCUAAAUUCAUGCAGGGCAUACACCUGCAAAAUGUCAGACCACACUCUAACUUUGGGGAAGUGCAGAUUGCUGCAAAAAUUCUCGCUUGUGCUUAUCAGAAUAUACGUUUUUUAGAUUAUGAUGUUCAUAUUCAAAAGGGUCAAGAGGAUCAAUAUAUAAAUCAGACGAUAUUUGCAAUUCGUGUAAUAUCUACAUAUGUCACGUUUUAUAAAGCUGAGAUCCCUUCAAAAUAUUUGGAAGAACUUGAUGAAGGCUUACUGCAAGAACAGAAGAUUGAGAUUCUAAGAUGGCCAAAUAGGAAUGGUGCAAAGACCAGUUAUAAUCUCGCUCAACCAAAUGGAAGACAAAAUGUUUUGAUAUCAUUAGUCAAAAUUCGGGAAUGGAAUUUAAGGAAUUUAAGGAAUAAGUGGAGGAAGAGAAGGAGGAAGAGGAGGAACUCAAAACAAAAAAGCUCAGAAAAAUAA